CUGUCCAAGAGGAGGGACUUUGGCUAAAAAUAACCACGGCGUGUGGCUCAGCCUCUAGUGGUACCCAGGACUGGGGAGGGAAGGGGGAUGCUCUAGAGCUGUCGCCAGACUGGUUGCUGUGGAAACAGGAGAGGAGCAGGGGAGCCUGGGAAGUGGGUAUGACACAGAUAGCAAGUCCUAGUCAGAGCUGCCGCUACAUUUAGGAGAAACAGCGUGUCCUCGGUGGCUCUCACCCUCCAAGGGGACGGGUGUGGGGCCGUCUCAGGGGCAUGGACGCUCCCCUCCAGGGGUCUUUGCUGCCCGCUGCUUUCCUCUCCACGGACUUGCCUGCAGGAGCCGCGACGCUACCGAGAGGCGGCGGACCGCGGCGGUGCGGACCCCGGCGGCGCGCGUGGGGGCGCUGACCCCGACCCCAACGCUGCGGGGGCCAUGGCGCAGGAGAACGCCGCCUUCUCGCCGGGCCCCGAGGAGCCGCCCCGACGGCGCGGCCGCCAGCGCUACGUGGAGAAGGACGGGCGGUGCAACGUGCAGCAGGGCCACGCGGGCGAGACGUACCGCUACCUGACCGACCUGUUCACCACGCUGGUGGACCUGCAGUGGCGCCUCAGCCUGCUCUUCUUCGUGCUGGCCUACGCGCUCACCUGGCUCUUCUUCGGCGCCAUCUGGUGGCUCAUCGCCUACGGCCGCGGCGACCUGGAGCACCUGGAGGACGCGGCCUGGACGCCCUGCGUCAACAACCUCAACGGCUUCGUGGCCGCCUUCCUCUUCUCCAUCGAGACGGAGACCACCAUCGGCUACGGGCACCGCGUCAUCACCGACCAGUGCCCCGAGGGCAUCGUGCUGCUGCUGCUGCAGGCCAUCCUGGGCUCCAUGGUGAACGCCUUCAUGGUGGGCUGCAUGUUCGUCAAGAUCUCGCAGCCCAACAAGCGCGCCGCCACGCUCGUCUUCUCGUCCCACGCCGUGGUGUCCCUGCGCGACGGCCGCCUCUGCCUCAUGUUCCGCGUGGGCGACCUGCGCUCCUCGCACAUCGUGGAGGCCUCCAUCCGCGCCAAGCUCAUCCGCUCGCGCCAGACGCAGGAGGGCGAGUUCAUCCCGCUGCACCAGACCGACCUGAGCGUGGGCUUCGACACGGGCGACGACCGCCUCUUCCUGGUCUCGCCGCUCGUCAUCAGCCACGAGAUCGACGCCGCCAGCCCCUUCUGGGAGGCGUCGCGCCGCGCGCUCGAGAGGGACGACUUCGAGAUCGUGGUGAUCCUCGAGGGCAUGGUGGAAGCCACGGGAAUGACAUGCCAAGCUCGGAGCUCCUACCUGGUGGACGAGGUACUGUGGGGCCACCGCUUCACAUCAGUGCUGACCCUGGAGGACGGCUUCUACGAGGUGGACUAUGCCAGCUUCCACCAGACUUUUGAGGUGCCCACACCCUCAUGCAGUGCCCGGGAGCUGGCCGAGGCAGAGGCCCGCCUUGAUGCCCAUCUCUACUGGUCUAUACCCAGCCGGCUGGAUGAGAGGGUGGAGGAAGAGGGGGCAAGGGAGGGGGCAGGGGAGGAGGCAGAGGGAGAGGCGGGGGCUGACAAGGGGAAGAAUGGCUGCCUGCCCCCGCCAGAGAGUGAGUCUAAAGUGUGACCAGCUUUGCAGACCCCGUGGCAGGAUCAGACACAGGUACCUAGGGCGCUGGACAGUGGAGGUGGAGGAGUCCGGUGAGGUGCCUGGGAACGUGCUAAGGCUGGAGAGGCCCCUCAGAAUCUCGAGUCCAGGAUCCAAUGUGGAAGGAGGCAUCCUGAUAUUAAGAGAAUGGAGGGCAGGGAGCGUGAACUUACCAGCCUCUCGUGUUUGACCUUCACAUCUGCUCAUGGGUGGAUGGAUGGACAGAAGGAUGGACUUAUGUGGAUUGGAUGGGAAGGUGGAAGCAGACAGGGAGACAGCUAGUGGAUAGGUAAGAGGACCGACAGACAGGUGGUACACUCAGGGCUGCUGCUAACCCACUGAGCAUCUUUGUACAAAUUCUAAACAGGCACCCUUUUCCUCCAGACUGACACCACCCCAAACCAGGGUGAGUAGCCUGGGGCACAGAACGUGGGCUGGAUCUUAGCCCGCACUCACCUCCUCAGCCUGCUUCCCUGUGCCUGGCACACCUGUCUCACCGGAUACAGUAGCCCAGCUGACCCAGAGGAGAGAAAACUAGAUGGAGGUGGGCAGAGCUGAGGAGGCUGCCCUCCCAGCUCCACCCCUACCCCUGUGGCAGGCUGAAUGGGAGGAUGAGGGGCCAUAGGAGUGGCUCAGCAGGUGUGAAUGACUUUGUCUGUUGCACAGGGAAGCAAAAAGUAGGGAGCUACCAGAGCUGGGGCCCUGGCAAAGGAGUGAAAUGUCAUAAACACCUUGGUGAUGGUGGAGGGCAGAGAGGGGUUCUGAGGAGGAAGAGGGCCAGGGAGAGAUUGAGGUGAGUUCACUAGAGCUGGGACACAGGGGCCCUUGGGAAAGCAGAAUUAGUGAGAAGGAGUCACUCAUACCAUUCAUAGGGUGCCCUUUGGGCUUAGAACACUGAACUGGACACAUAGGGAUGGACAGUCCGAGACCCAUUUCCUAUCUCGGAAUAUAGUGCGCCUGGGAAAAACAGAAAUACUCCCAUGGCAUUUGUUUCAAACGGAGAGCCUGAGCAGUCUCUGGGCAGGGGUAGAAGGGUUUGGUAAUCUGAAAGCUGGGGGUUGAGCAAGGCACGGAGAAUGUCUAAGCCAGCCGUGGGCAAACUACGGCCCGCGGGCCGGAUCCGGCCCAUUUGAAAUGAAUAAAACUAAAAAAAAAAAAAGACCGUACCCUUUUAUG